AUGCCUUUCUCCAUCGUCAUCCUGCUGUUGGCCACGUUUUCGACAUGUGCCAGGUCAGAGUUGUCCCUUGGAGCCCUUGGCGCGUGGACAGCUUAUUCGCCUGAUUCGCUGGUGGCAAUCAUUGCCGCACACCUGGAUUACCAGAAGAACUGGGAUGCAGCCGUGGCCUCGAGGUUCGGUCCCCCACUUGUCACCAUUCCUAAGGGAGUGCACCCAAAUGCAACGACCAUCAGCCUUCGAAUCGGAACGACACAUGCGCAGCCUGACGUCGGAGUCGCCACCGCCUUGGACCUAAUGCUGGGACUUGAUGGUGAGCCACCAGUCAGGGGACUGAUUGGUGCGAGUUUAUCUUCUGUUACCAUGCCUAUCGCAACUAUGAGCGCAGUGCAGCAGGUCCCUCAGGUGUCUUUUUCCGCCACGAGUGACAGCUUGUCCAACAAGGACUCCUACCCGUUCUUCCUCCGAACUGCUCCACCCGACGCCAUUCAGGCGCGAGCGUUAUGGAGUUGGAUUUUGCAUUUCGAAGUCACCUUGGCAACUUGCUUGUACACCACGGAGGGGUAUGGCCAGGGCCUGUACAACUUUCUUAAGGAACUGGCACAGGCUGACAGCCAGCAAAGCCGCGUCCAAGGCCAGGGGCUGCGUGACAUGCUGCAAGAAUUCAUACCAGAAGAGGCCCGUGCAGUUGCAAGAACUGCCCGAAAGAUGGGCUCCCGCUUCAUCAUCCUGCUUUUGAGCCACGGCAUGGCUACGAGGAUGUUACCAAUAUUGGAGGAGGAGGGAAUGCUGGGCGCGGGUUGGCAAGUAGUCGGAUCGGACGCUGUGGCCCAUCGAGGUAAUGUCCCUGUUGGGUUUAUGUUCUUCAUGUCGGAUGGCAAAGGUGCAAAAUUCCCAGACUUUGAGCAUCUUUGGUCAUUGCUUACCCCAGAAGACAUCAUUGGUCCGGAGAGCCAGGCAAGGUACAAGUUGGACAAGAUGAAAAGACCUUUGGCCAAUGGCUCUGUUGAGGCACUUCUAUCCCAAUCCGCUGUUUCAGCAUAUGCAGCAUUCGCCUUCGAUGCCUUUUAUGCGUUCAUCAUUGCCAUCAACCAGCUCCUCCAUGCGGGGACACCUGUCAUCGCGAUUCAUGGGGAGUUGCUCAAAGACGAGAUGUUUAAGACGAGCUUUACCGGUGUAUCAGGAGAGGUGAGCUUCGAUGGGAACGGUGACCGUUUAGCUGCCUAUGAGCUUUGGAACGUGCAAAUCACUGACCGCGUCAGCUCCAAAGCCGAGGCAGUAGUUGCAGCCUCCUUCAGUGCAUCCACUUUAGCUUUCACCUUCUACAGAGAUUUGGUCUGGAUGGAUGGCUCUAAUCAGAGUCAACCCCCGCCCCAGCUCUAUUCUUGCGAUCCUGGCUUCUACAAGGAAGAGCAAUCCAGGCAGUGUAAACUAUGUCUGAAGGGCAAGAUGUGCCAGGGAGGGGCUUCGGCUCCUGCCAUUCGCUGUCCACGAGGCAGCUUUGCGAACGACACGGGCCAGACGAUGUGCCAACUCUGUGCUGCGGGCCGCUCCGCCCGGGACGUGGGCUCCGUGGAGUGCGCUCCCUGCCUGCCGGGCUACGAGGCGCCCGAGGAAGGCAUGGAGGCCUGCACCAGGUGUAAGCCCGGCAGCUACGUGCCAACGGCAGGGGCCAGCGAGUGUCUGCCCUGCGGCAAGAAUCAGAUCACUCUCUACACUGGGGCUGAGUCAGAGUCGGAAUGCAUUUGCGAAGAGGGUUCUUUCAUGUGCGCGAGCCGAAUGUGCUUGCCCUGCCCAGAGGGUCAAUUGGUGAUGGCAUUACAAGCUUUGGCUUCUAUUCGGGAACUGUCAAUCACAUGGCAAGAGCCUGUGAGGACAUUGAUUGACCUUGCCAAAGUCAUGGCCUUUGAUUUUCAGAUGAUUCGACUGUCAUGCCUUUAUGGAACAGACAGCCCUUUGCUCCUCUUCACAAGUCAGCUGCUGGCAUGUCCAGCUGCCUGUGGAUUCUUGUUGUUGAGCUGGCUCUUGACCAAAUUGUUUGGGAGACCAAAGCCGCUGGAUUUCGUUUUGAACAACUGUGGAUUGCUCUUUUUUGCUUUCUUCUUGUCCAUCACGCUGAGCAUGCUGGUGCCCUUCCAGUGCGCACCCAAUCCAGAUGGCAGCACUUCAAUGUCCACAGACCCUGGCAUUGUGUGCUACGAGUCGGAUGAACACGCUGCACUGGUGGUUUUGGCGGCCACAUUUGCAAUUGCAAUGUACCCGUCGCGUGUGGCCACAGGAAGGGGCCUUCGACUAGUGAACAGGCACCGCUUUCUGUUCCAUCGCUUCAAGCCGCAGAACUACUACUACGGCUUGGUCCUCCUCUAUCGCAAUGGUCUGGUUGCCAUCUUGCCUAUUGUGCUGAUUGGAAUUCCUGAACUUCAGGUGCCUUUUCUGGGUACAGUCUUGCUCGCCAGCCUCAUAGCACAGGCUCACACAUGCCCAUGGCGAACUGCAAGGGCCAAUGCCGUUGACUUGCUUCUACAAGCGUUUUUGCUUGUGACCCUUCUGGGAGCUGCGCCGCUUCUACAAAUGAACGAAAGCAAGUCCACAGCAGUGCUCGGCUGGCUACUUUGCAUACCCGUGCUGGGGAUUCUGAUUGUGGCAGUGGCUGGCCUCGUCAAAGCAGCCAUCGUUCAUUUUCAGAAGCGGCAGCUCUUUGGCAUCUUCCUUUGUCAUCACAAAGGUGGUGCAGGUAGCCUUUGCCGGCUGAUGAAGAUCCUGAUUGCAAGGCACACUUCCACGCGGGUUUUCCUAGAUUGCGAUCAGUUGGAAAAUUUGGAUUUUCUUUUCGACAUCAUAAGAAAGUUGACGAAGAGCGUCGUGGUCGUUCUCACUCCAGAACUUCUGAAGAGAGUGUGGUGCGCCGGCGAAAUCACGACGGCCUGGAAGAACGGGAUCACGACGGUGCCCCUCGUUUGUGACGGCUUCCGUCCUCUUUCGGAUGAGGCCCAGAAGAUGAUUCCAACUCUGUGGACGCCGCAGCAGAAGCAAAUCCUCGCCAACUACGGGGUGGAAAUUGAGGCGGUGAACACAGCCUACGACUGGCUACAGCAUGAGUUAGUUCCUCUCAAGAUGCCCCGGUUUGGCCCCGUUGCAAGCCGAGAGACGGUGGUUGCGGAGAUGCUGCGAUUGUGCGGUCUCGCUGUUUCAAUCCGAACGCCAACUCUGAACAGUCUGAACAUUCUGUCCUCAUCCUCUUCGCAAGCCCUUCCCGCAAGGGCCAGAAUUCUCAUCACAAGCUGUGUUGCAGAUUCCGAGGCACUAUCAGCUUGUGAAGUCUUCAUGUUCAUGCUCCAGAAUCACUUGCGUGUUGAGUGUGCAGUUGUUCAAAGUGCUCGACAAAUGGCAAGUUGGAAGCCCUGGGCCUACUAUCUUGUCGUCCUUCUAUUCCGGGGUAUGUUUCGCGAUCACAGCUUUGCCAAGAUCAUGUUACAUGCCAGCGAAAGAGCACUCAGUUGGCCAAGCGGUCGGAGUUUGGAGUUGGUAUCUGUUAUAGCCGACACACAUUUCGACUUUCCCAGUAUGGAAAGCCUGGAGCCAGACGCGUACAUAUGGCAGACGGAUGGCGACCAGCAUGGCGACCAGCUUCUUCCUGAACUUGCUGACGCAAAGCUCCUUCAUGUUUUUCAGAACUUGCUCAAUGUCUUGGCGUUGCCUUUUUCGCCUUUGGCAUCAGAAGGCUUGCAGCAGAAGCAAGUGGCGGAGAUCACAGGCCGCAUGCACAGAUACAAGGAUCCGGCUGUCGCAGCCUCAAUGGAUGAGGUGGAUGAUAACGAAAUCUUUGAUGUGGAAGCCUCCUGUGAGUUUGCCUCAUCCCUCUAUGGCUCAGAGAGAGGCGGCUUCAUCCCACAGGCCCUGAGCAUGCUGAGCGAUGACGGCUUCGAUCUCCGUAGCGAGACAUUUUCUAUGUAG